GUUGUCCUACUCCUAACCAUAUGACAUUAAUGCAUACAUGGCCUCAUCUUCUACUAACCAUACCUCACAUUAAUCUAUCCUUCAUCUUAAAUUCUCCAUUUUUCUAUCAAAUUUCUUAAAUCUCCCAUUUUGCUUUCUAUAUUGAGGAACACACAAACAUUGCACACAAUCUUCCCCAAUUCAGGUAAUUCCAAUUCCCCCUUUUCCUCUUAUUUCCCAAUCCUUACCAAAAUCUUCAGGUUCUAGUUCUAUUGAAUCUUGCAUAUGAUCUUUCAGUGAAGUGUGUUGCUGAAACUGUUUGGUGAAGUGGGUGUGUUUUGGUUUUCAAGAUGAAGGUCUCUUUGGUUUCUAGGAGUGGAAGAGAAAUUGUUAAAGGUGGCAUUGAGCUUGGUGAUUCUGCUACGGUUGCAGAUUUGCAGGAGGCGAUUCACAAGCGAAUCAAGAAGCAUCCAUCGAGGCAGCGCCUGACACUUCCUGUCCAACCAGGAUCGAAGGAAAAGCCGAUUGUACUUAACUAUAAAAAGAGUUUGAACGACUAUACGAGUGGAAAUUCUGAAACCUUAACCGUACAAUUCAAGGACUUAGGUCCACAGGUUUCUUACCGUACGCUUUUCUUCUUCGAGUAUUUGGGGCCGUUGCUUCUCUAUCCAAUCUUCUAUUACUACCCUGCUGUCUACCAAUAUUUCGGCUACAAAGACGAACAUGUCAUCCACCACCCCGUGCAAACAUAUGCCAUGUACUAUUGGUGUUUCCAUUACGCCAAACGAAUUCUGGAAACAUUUUUUGUGCAUCGCUUCAGCCACGCAACCUCGCCUCUUUCCAAUGUUUUCCGCAACUGUGCUUAUUACUGGACCUUCGGCUGUUACAUCGCUUACUACGUGAACCAUCCAUUAUAUACACCUGUGAGUGACCUUCAAAUGAAGAUCGGGUUUGGGUUCGGGGUACUUUGUCAAGUUUCGAAUUUCUAUUGCCAUAUAAUACUGAGGAAUCUUCGCGGACCUGCUGGAGAAGGUGGAUACCAAAUCCCACGCGGCUUUCUCUUCAAUAUUGUUACUUGUGCUAAUUACACAACAGAGAUCUACCAGUGGUUGGGCUUCAACAUUGCUACGCAAACCAUUGCCGGUUAUGUAUUUGUUGCAGUUGCUACUUUCAUCAUGACCAACUGGGCUCUCGCAAAGCACAGGCGCUUGAAGAAGUUGUUUGAUGGAAAGGAAGGGAGGCCGAGGUAUCCUCGGCGGUGGGUGAUAUUGCCUCCGUUCCUGUAGAAGCCGAAGCGGCUAAUCUCACAAGGAUUCUGAGAUUAUUAUAGCACAAUGAAGUUUUAGUUAUUUAUUAUUCACAUUUUAUUAAGUCUGAAUUUGUUUUUCAAUGUUUUAGCUAUGAAGUUGAUUUACAAGUUAUUGAAGUGAUUUGUUUGUGUUGGAUAUUUGUAAGCAUUUCUUGUUUAUGGUAUUGAGGAAUCUUGAUUCUUAAGAA